UGGCCUUCUCACUCUCUCUCUCUCUCUCUCUCUUUCUUUCUUUUCUUUUUUUUUACAUUAGUUUCUUGUGCUGCAAGACACCUGCCCGAGUCUUCCGCUACAAUUCCGCUACAAUUCCCUGUACUGCCCCCACAAAACUACGUGCCCAAGCCCAACGCUUCCUUUCCUUUUUAUUAUUAUUAUUAUUAUUAAUUAUUUUAAUCGCACGAAAACAACUUUUUAUAUUUAUAUAUCUUUUGUGUGUGUGUGUAUGUAUAUGUAUAUAUAUAUACUCACACCUGAUGAUACCUCUUCCUUCCCUAUCAAUAACCGACCAUUGAAUUCUGGCGUUCGUUACCGUUGUUGCAUGGGCUCGUGCUUCUCUUCCGUCACCGCCGCCGCCGCCAAAUUCGCUAUGGACGUCCCCCGGCAACCGACGGCCAAGGUGGUCGCGGCGGACGGAUCGCUGACGGAGUACGCCGCUCCGAUCUCCGCAUCCGACGCGCUCGGCGGCGCCGCCUCCGCCGAAUUCUUCCUCUGCGAUGCCGACCGCCUCUGCUUCGGCGCCUCCGUCCCGGCGCUGGGCCCCGGGGAUCUGCUCCAACGGGGGCAGCUCUACUUCGUCCUUCCCCUCGCCCUCCGCGGCCGCGCACUCUCCGGCCUCGACAUGGCCGCCCUCGCCGUCAAGGCCAGCGCCGCCCUCGAUACCGCCGCCGCAGCAGCCGCAUCUAGUAAGAAGAGAGGACGGAGAGUGAUGCCCGUCGAAGACGCUCUAGUACAACAUCCUUGUAAUGGUUACGACUUUUAUAGUACUAUUACGGUAUCUGCCUCGAAUUCUGCGUCUAAUAAUUAUGAUAAGAUGAUGGCCUCAAAAAAGAAAGGUUCAGCUCGCACCCCGAGUGCAGCUUCUCGGCGUUUGAGGAGGAUGUUGAGCACCAUUCUGGAGGAUGCGGAGUGAAAAAAAAAAAAAAAGAGCUUAAUUUAGCUCGAAUUGUAUUUGAUUUUAUUUUUAAUUUUUAUUGUUCCAUUUAGAUUACUUUCUCGUUCCAAAUUUCAUCAACGUAUUUAGAAGCAGCAAUUUUUGUUUAUUUAUGGUACUCAAUUGAGAGCACUUUAAAAGUGGUUGUAUAUUUAAUUGUUUGUGAAAUUUUUUUAAAAAAUUAGUGCCUGUGAAUCAAUAUUCCCUAACUUAUGUUCAAUCCUAA